AUGCCCGAAGUCAUUGAGAACCAACGAUGGUAUCCAAUUGUGGGUUGGACGACAUGUCUUCAAGCAGACGAUCCUCCUGCUUGGUGUACUGCUCAUGAAGAAGCGUGUCCUAGUAAAGACGAGCAAAAAGAGAUUGUAUGGCAAGUGUACAAGGGUAAAGAUUAUGAUGAGGAAGGAUGGCUUUAUGGAGAGACGUUUCAAGAUACAUUAGGCCCCAUGACACGCUCUAGUGUCGUUCGCACACGAGUUUGGAUGGGAAGUGAGGCAAAAGAGCAGAAAGAAGAUGCAGGUGUCGAGAUUGGUGAUGCGACAUUGGUGUCAGCAAGUGAAGACGCUUUUGAGACGAGUGAGAAGAAUUUUGAGUGGAAUUUGCUUUGUUCAGCAAGUGAAAAGGAAGGAAAGGAUGAAGCAAAUGACAACGAGGCAGAUGCUGUGGCAGAGUGUAUGAUAAGUGGGGUGGAGAGUGAAGAGAAAGAUGCCAGUAAGUUGUGUGAAUCAGCACAAAAUGCUGAAAAUAUAAACGACAUCGUGUUAGUUGUAUCGGCUGAAGGAGAUACCGAGCCCAGUUCUAAUGAGCCAUCGGGAUCACCGGGAUUCUUUGGUAGACUCUCGUCGGCUGCAUUAUCUUUUCCAUCGUCAGCUUUUGACUUGGCUGGGUCAUCGUCGAAGCAAGCAGUGUAUGGAACGAUACAAUCUAUAAAGGAGGCUUCACUUUUUGGUUUGGAAAUGGCGCAGGCGGCUACGGUAGCUGCAGUUUCGUCGGAAACACAAAUUAUGCCGACACGUAAAGAACGAAAGCACACCACAAAGUUUCUGGAUGAGGAAAAGGAGCCAGAGGUUCUGUCUAUGUUAUCGAAGCGAUUUCCAGAUCUGUCGCCAUUUCAGCGAUCACUUGUGACAUGCUGUGAAGAUGGUUUUGUGAAUUUUGUGUCUCCUCCAGAGCCCACUGAGUCAAAAUAUUGCAAGGAAUGCAACAUUGAGUUUGGUAUGACAAAGUUUCGUUAUCAAUGUGGAUACUGCUCUGAAUCUUUUUGCAGGGACCAUUUGUCCGAGUCCGCCAUUAUCCGCGCGUAUGGACACACAACUCCAUUGAAGGUGUGCAAGAAUUGUUAUUGCGUUUUGAUGGAAAAGAUCAACGAACAGCUAGUUCAAUGGCGCGUUGAGCGUGUAAAAGACUACCUUCGUGAUAAGCUCAUUUUGUACUAUAGUACAGCGACUGACACUGCUAUUGACAAAAUCAUGCGUGCUGCUGAAGGCACACUCGUUGCGGCGAGGUCUGCUCCAAUUGGUGCAGCGGCAAAAAUGGCUGUCGUGAGUGCGGAUUUCUUGCGCAAGUAUGGCAGGGCUGGAUUGCUUGGUUUUAUUUUGCGCAAUGAAUUUAUGCAGUCAUUUUCAACAUUGAAAGGCUUGCUGGGCGACUUGGAUGGUCUUGGAUUUCAAGAUGCGGCCAUUGGCGCGUAUUAUUUUAUGGCGAUGAAUCGUGGCGACCGCGGUGCAGAACCUGAAGGAGAGAAGAUAAGCCAUUACGGGUGUGAGCCAAUCUCGGACGAGCUUUUGUCAAAGGUGCUCAAGUACGCACCAUUAGCAUUGCACGGCAUCUAUGAGUUUGACGUCCUGGACAUUCAGCGCAUAAGCAGGCUGCAAGGAUUUUCUUUAAUAUAUGCGCAAAUUCAAGACCAAGACAUUCGGCACCCUUCCUUUGCACUCCUGGGCAAUAAGGAAAGCAAGACGGCGCUUGUCUUGAUUCGAGGCUCCAAAUCUGUCCAAGACGCACUGACGGAUAUUCAGGCUUAUCCCGAGGAGAUCGGUCUUUCUUCGACAGGUGCGCCUCAAAGCGAAGCAACCGGUGGUUUUGUUGAUGCGUUCGCGCAUAAUGGCAUGCUUAAAGCUGUGAUGUGGAUCAAGGACCGUAUUGUGAAGUCGCUGCGUGUACUACAUCUUGAAGGCUACCACAUUGUCUUUGCAGGACAUUCCUUGGGAGCUGGCUGCGCGGCACUGCUGUCGCUGAUGUUGCAGAAAGAGUUUGAAGAUCUUGAAUGUUUUGCGUACGCCGUACCUGCUUGUGUUAAUUUGAGUGUCGCCGAGUCUUGUAACGACUUUGUGCAUUCAAUCGUGCUUCGAGAUGAUAUCGUGCCUCGCGCCAAGGCAUCUAACGUUCUCAAGCUUGUUGAUGAGCUGAAGAAAUUCAAGGGAUAUUGGCGUGACACGGCAUUAGAAGAUUUGGAAGCGUUCAAGGAGCGAGCGAAGACCAUUUGGGCACCAAGAAAUCGUGAGUGGGCCAAGGAUGCGGCGAAUCAACGAAAGGGUAAACUUGCAAUUCAAGAUAAAUUGUCUGAGCAAGAGAAGGCAAUCUCUCCGGUAGAGCGACCCACGCUGGCUGAGAAAACAGCAGAAGCGGCCAGUCGAGAAGAAAGCAUCUCGACCUGGACCCUUACGCGAACAAACUUGAUUGACCAACUCGACAAAGCCGGUGAAGAAAGCAGUGAAGAAAAAGCACUUGAGUCACCACCCAAGACGCGUCAGGAGGAAGAAAAGAUGGUUGAAGAAUUGGCAACGGUUUUGGUUGAGGAUCCGAAGGAGCUUUAUAUCCCUGGCAAAGUGACGCACAUUUUCUUUUACAAAGGAAUUUAUGAAGCCGUACACGUUGACCGCAAGUGUAAAGAGCUGUCGCACAUUCCGGUUCAGCAGAACAUGCUAAGUGAUCAUCUAGGUCGCAAUUAUUUAAGCGCAUUGCGUGUUGUCCGUGAUGCACGUCGUGCUAAGCCUACACUGCCAGAAUGGGUGCCUUUCAGCACAAAGACCCGCUGCAUGUGUUGUGAUUCGCCUUUCACAUGGAACUCGACGUCUUCUAGUGAGGCACAGCAAAACCGUGACCAGCAUAAUUGCCGACGGUGUGGUGCUCUUGUUUGCGAAGGUUGUUCCGAGAAAUUCAAGUCGAUUCCCGAGUUUGGAAUCAAUGUGCCAGUUCGCGUCUGUGAUCGCUGCUAUUUCGAGGCCUAG